AUGUCGACGCUAUCUUCUCCCCGCCCUUCAAUUGCUUCCUCCCGGGGUCACUCCCCUGGGCCGGCUUCCUCGCGACCCUCUCUUGAUACGCUAAACACCAAUAUCCCCGGCGGGCUGAGUGCUUCGUCCACCCCGUCCACCGCGCGAGCGAUCUCGCCCAACCCCAACACAGGUCGCCGGAACCGCUCCGCCCUACGAGAUUACUAUAAGCUAAAGCCUCCUGGCUCCGACAGUCCGAGUGGCGCUCGAUCCCGCAGUGUCCCUCGCAACACGGACGCGGGUGACAUCUCCAACCCCUCAACUCUCGCCUCGGGGACGGAGCUAGACAAUGCGGAUUUCGACCCACAAAGCUACGUCGAACACCUCCUUUCCACUUCAUCGCUGUCCACAAUCCUUAAAGCCGAAAACACACUCGUUGGCGAUAUCCGCACCCUAGAUGGAGAGCGCAAGGCGCUCGUUUACGACAACUACUCCAAGUUGAUUCGCGCCGUGGAAACAAUUGGCAAGAUGCGUCAAAGUAUGGAUGAACGGGGAGCUCCAUUGACGAUGACCAAGACUCUUGGUCCGGCUAUUUCCUUCGUUGCUGAGACUGCGGGCGGUCUCAUCAAGGAAGGGGAGGAGCACAGACGGCGGAUCAAGGAGGAACGUGAGCAAAAUCCCGUCUGGAACAUGAAGGCUAAGAAGGAGACUGUCAAAUGGGUCCUUGCGGCGCCUCAGAGACUAGAGAAAUAUAUUGCGGACGAUAAACGGGAAGAGGCCGAGAAGGACUGGAAGGAGGUCCAGAAGCUACUUGAGGCUUGGGGCCAGGUCAAGGGCGUCGCGGAAGUCCGCGAAACCUGCGAAAAGGUCAUGGACAAGGAGACCAACAAGGACUGA